AAAAACACACCUUUUUGUUUUUGCAAUUCAACGUACGUCUUUUCUCUUCUCACGCUCUCUCUCUCCCAAAAGAAAAGAACAGUAAGCAUACGGCGCGCUUUUCUUCCCUUCAAGGCCUCCUCGGAUCGAACAGAGUCUGAUUUCUCUUCCUCCAUUGGCAUCGGUGCUUAAUUUGUGGCUAACAAGGUACGCUCGAAUCCGUGGUGUGCUUUACGAUCGGUGAUACGUGUUUUCCCGGGCUUCGUCUUCCGCAUUGAUUUAGGGGUUCGAUUUAGUGUCGAAUCCGGUUUUUCGGGGAUCAGUCAUUCCCAACACGCGCAAUAAUAUUUCCAGUUCCAUUCCGAGAGAGAUAAGUGAAUUGAGGAAUUUGAAAAUGCUUUACAUAUGGCAAAAUGGACUUUCAGGACCCAUACCUUCAGAAAUUGGGAGGCUUACUUCUCUUUUAGAACUUGACCUAUCAGAGAACUACCUCAUCGGCUCAAUUCCUCUUUCCAUUGGAAACUUGACAAGUUUAUCUUUUCUUUGCCUCUCCCAAAAUAAUUUGGUUGGUCCAAUCCCUACUUCUCUCGGAAAACUGGGCAACUUAACCAAUUUGGGCAUUUCAAGAAAUACCCUUUCUAGUUCCAUUCUAGAGAGAUAAGUGACUUGAGGAAUUUGGAAUUUCUUUACAUUUGGAAGAAUAGACUUUCGGGACCCAUGCCUGCAGAAAUCGGGAGGCUUACUUCUCUUAUCGAACUUGAUCUAUCAUCCAACAAUAUCAUUGGCUCAAUUCCUUGCUCCAUUGGAAACUUGACAAAUUUAUCUCUUCUUAGUCUCUAUCAAAAUGGACUUUCAGGACUGAUACCUUCGGAAAUUGGAAGCCUGGCCAAUCUAACUCAUUUGAAACUUGGCGACAGUAUAUUUUUUGGUUCCUUACCUCCUGAAUUCAAUAAGUUAACACAGUUGACCACUUUGCAGCUAUAUAAUAAUGAAUUAGAAGGGGUACUACCAGAAGAUGUAUGUCUUGGGAGAUCAUUGCAAAAUUUCUCAGUCAUAAAUAAUCAUUUCACAGGUCAUAUCCCCACAAGUCUAGAGAACUGUAGCACAUUAUUUAGAUUGAGGCUUGAUGGAAACCAACUUACAGGGAACAUAGCAGAUGUGUUCGGAAUAUAUCCGCAUCUAAAUUUUAUGGACUUAAGCCACAAUCAUUUGAGAGGUGAACUUUCAUGGAAAUGGGAGCAUUGUAGUAAUUUGAUGAGUUUAAGGAUAUCAAACAAUGACCUCUCUGGUGAUAUACCCACAACACUUGGAAGGAUGGCUCAGUUACAGGAACUAGACCUUUCUUCGAAUAAUUUAAGGGGAGAGAUUCCAAGGGAAAUGGGUAGUCUGUCCAUGUUGUUAAAACUCGAUCUAAGCAACAAUGCGAUCACAGGAAAUGUCCCAAUUGAGAUUGGACUUUUAUCCAAUUUGGAAAAUCUGAACUUGGCAUCAAACAAUUUGAGUGGAUAUAUACCGAUGCAACUAGGCUUGUGCAAACGUUUGUUGAACUUAAACUUGAGCAGAAAUAAAAUCCAGAGAAGCAUUCCUCGUGAGAUAGGUAAUGCACAAGUCCUCGAGGUUCUUGAUUUAAGUUACAAUUUUUUUUUCUGAAAAUAUACCAAGCGAGCUUGCAGAGCUGAGAAACUUGCAAGUUCUAAAUAUCUCCCACAAUAGCUUGUUUGGUUCCAUCCCACAUAUUUUUGAAGAUAUGUUGGCCUUGACUUCUAUUGAUGUAUCCUACAAUGACCUUGAAGGUCCUCUCCCUAAUGUCAAGGCUUUCAACGAGGCUCCGUUUGAGGCAAUUCAGCAUAACAAAGGGCUUUGUGGAAAUGUUGUUGGUUUACCGAAAUGCAAUUCUACUGGGAACAAGAAAAGUAAUCGACAUGUUGAAGCUAGAAUCAUACUAAUCCUCAUUCUCUCGUUCUUGGGGUUUCUCCUUCUCUCUUGCACCUUGAUUGUUCUUGGAAUCAUCUAUCAUCAUCAAAGAAGGAUUACGAAGAGAGAGAAGAAUGAGCAAGCAAAAGAUUUGGAUUUCAAGAGUAUUAUGAGUUAUGAUGGCAAAGUUUUCCAUGAUCGAAUCAUUGAGGCCACAAAAGGAUUUGACUCCAUGUACUACGUGGGUGAAGGAGCAUAUGGAAUUCUUUAUAAAGCCGAGAUAUCAGAAGGUCAAACGUUUGCUAUAAAGCAAACCUUGUCAUCCAAAGAAGAUAGUGAGAUCAUUGAUUUGAUACCAUUUGAAAGGGAAAUUCAAGCCUUAACAAAUAUACGUCACCGCAACAUCGUGAAAUUUUAUGGCUUCUGCUCUCAUGCCCAACGUUGUUUUUUGGUGUAUGAGUACAUGGAAAGAGGAAGUUUGAGGGCAAUUUUGAACGAUGAUGAAACAGCUAGAGAAUUUCAAUGGGACAAGAGGGUAAAUGUGGUCCGAGGAGUUGCGGAUGCAUUGUCCUAUAUGCAUCAUGAAUGUUCACCUUCAUUAUUACAUCGGGACUUGACCAGUAACAACAUUCUAUUGGAUCUCAAUUAUGAGGCUCGUGUUUCCGAUUUUGGCACUGCAAGAUUGUUGAGGCCGGAUUCAUCAAACUGGACCGCUAUUGCUGGCACCAUCGGGUAUAUUGCUCCAGAGCUGGCUUAUUCUACGGUCCCUACAGAAAAGUGCGAUGUAUAUAGCUUUGGAGUCGUCGCACUAGAGACAAUCAUGGGAAAGCAUCCUGGAGAUCAUGUCUCUCAAGAAUGUUCAUCGUCUGCCCAAACUGAGUCGGUGAUGUUGAUGGAUGUGCUAGAUCAACGACUCUCGCCUUCUAGACUUGGCCUUCAAGAUGCGCAGGACGUAGUCUUGAUCGCCAAGCUAGCGUUCGAGUGCUUGCAAGCCGAUCCAAGGCUUCGACCGACCAUGGGACAAGUCUCACGCGAGCUUGGCUUUCAAGUACCCCUGGAUAUGCCAUUCUCUACAGUCAGUUUAGAGCAACUUCGCGUUCUUAAUGUCAAAGAAAAUUGGAGCAUUUCAGGAGAUGGUAAGAUUUGAAUAUUUUAUAUGCUAUUGUGCUUCUUUUGAAUUAUGAUGACAAUCGCCUUUUGAACAUUUUCUUAGUUCUCACUAAUCCUAACCAUGUGAUUUUUAAUUUUCACUAUAGAGGUAACUUCUCUAUGAACAUUACAAGACUAAUGCGAUGUUUAGAGUUUGAAGUCGUGGUACCAGAAAUAAUUAUGGGAAGACUUCUAGGAAGAUCUAGUUUCACAAUUAUUUCCAUCCUUUUGCCAACUGAUCAAGAAGUGAAUUUUGAAAAUGCAGUGGAUCAGCAUCUCUUGCCUUCCCUUAUAUGAGAUGUAAAGAACAUGUACUUUCUAUUGCUAUAAGAGAUAAUAGAAUUAGCAAUAUGUAAACUUUUAUCGAUGUGUAGUGUCAUAUUUGAACUUUUGAUUGAUUCAAAUAUAUCAAUUUUAAGUAAUCUCCGCCAUCGUCUCAAAACUUUCAGUUUUUUCUAAUUAAAUACCCAAUUUAUUUUAAGAAUAUGUGCGUUGAAAGUCCUAACACUUGUUACGAAUGUGUAAUUAAGUCCUCAAACUUUAAAAAAAUGUAAUGAAGUUGUA